GGAAGCGUUAGUCUUUGUUGCACCCAUGCCGGGGCCGACUUGGCCAAGCUGCGGACAAGAAGCACGCGAAGAAGCUGAAAUGGCCAUGGCUCGCUGGCGGUGCUGAGCCUCCCAGCAUUGCACCGGGUGGAUUUUGCGAUGCAACAUCUCCUCGCAGUGGGAGCCGAUUUUCCUUGCUGCUGCCCAACGAGCUCAGAUGAAUCAUCGCAAAGCUCGCCGUUGCUGCAUGGUGACGCCCAAGGACGCACCGACGGAUCUUGGCUGGCCAGAAGAUCCAGCCCGCAGUCCAAGGAUGCUGAGCAGGCCCAGCAGCUCUUCAUCAAGGGCGCGAACGUUGUCCUGCACAAGCCGGCUGUCAGACGGGCUGCAGAACACAAAGAACGACGAUGCCCGAAGCUCAACGCUGUUUCCAGUUGCUCUCCUCCGACCAUGAUCCUGGGCAGCGCAGCAGGAGGGCUACUGACCUCGUACAUGCCUGAGCUGCCGAUAUCAUCCAGGUCCAACCAUGGUCGUGGACACGGGGGCCGCUGGCUGGUCACUUCACGCUGGCGCUGGAGCAGGCUGCCGCCAUUCUCUUCCGCCAGUCAGCGCUGACGAGCUUCGCAGGAGGCCGGGCUGACUCAGGCAUG